ACAGCAGACAGAGGACUGGAGUGUGGCAGAGGGUCGGCAGUAAUAAAGCGAGAUCCUGAGCCGGGAUAAUCGGGAUAAAAAUACAUGUUCCAGUCGGAGACAAGAGCCGUCUUUACCGUCGCUUCGUUUACGGUUGAUCAGUUACUGAAGAGGCUGAUGAUGCUCUCCUGAAUCCCACAACCCUCCACCCCCUUAAUCCUGCCCACCAUUCACGUUCAUACUUCAUCAUGAACCACACUCCAAGCCCCCACCUGUCCGAAGGUGGGAAGUCAGCAGGAGGUGGGCUGCUAUGCAGCCUGGGUCUGGGCCCCGAUAGGGGGAUCCGCUCGCCGGACAGUCUCACUCACACCCCCAGCCCCACAGGAGGAACUCCCAGCUCCAGCCCCCCACUGCUGCUGUCACCUGGACUGGGAGGCCUUGGGCUGGGAUCCCUCGGGGCCAUGGGUGAUGGAGCUGGGGCUGACUGGGAGAGCAGGGAGGAGCUGAGGCUCAGGGAGCUUGAGGAGGCCAGGGCCCGAGCGGCCCAGAUGGAGAAGACCAUGAGGUGGUGGUCGGACUGCACCGCCAACUGGAGAGAGAAGUGGAGUAAGGUUCGCGCGGAGCGUAACCGAGCUCGUGACGAGGUUCGCCAGCUGCGACAGCGGCUGGACACCCUCACCAAGGAGCUGACCAGUGUUCGGCGGGAGCGGCAGGAACUCGCCACGGAGAACGAAACCCUACGGCAGCAGACGCUGCGUCUCGGUGGUGACCACACGGCUCCCCCCCCAUCCACCGCUUCUCCCUCUUACUCCCCUGCACACCAGUGUGGUGCUUCCUCCUCCUCCUCUCCAUCCAUCCCUCCCUUCUCCCCUGCUUCCUCCUCCAAUUCCUCUCAGGUUCAUAAUGACAGCAAGCUAGACAGGGUGGGGGAGGCACACCCAGGGUCUCCAGAACCAGAACCAGUAAGGGACGUGGACUUGGACAGACAAAAGCUAGGUCAACAAAAGGACUUGGAGAUGCUGGACUCUGUCCUGUGCUCCAGGGCCCUGGGUGCUGACAGUCAUGAGGCCUGGGAUGGUCGCGGUAGCUGUGGCGUGAACACGUCCAGCUCGCGUUCAUCCUCCGGUCUGAGCCGACAGGAGCGCAGCAGGCAGCUGUGGGAGGACAUGAGCACAGCAGAGGAAGACUCCAGCAAACUGAAUGCCCUGCAGCUUCGCCUGGAUGAGUCCCAGAAAGUCCUCCUGAAAGAGAGAGAAGACAAACUGGCUCUGAGUAAGAUCAUCGAGAGGCUGGAGGCUGAACUGAGUCAGUGGAAACUUAAAUACGAGGAGCUGAGCAAAAGCAAACAGGAGGCUCUAAAACAGCUGAACCUGCUGAAGGAAAUGCACCAGGAUGAACUCGGCCGCAUGUCUGAAGACCUAGAGGACGAACUUGGAGCCCGGACCAGCAUGGACAAGAAACUGGCUGAACUACGAGCUGAGAUGGAAAGACUGCAAGUAGAGAAUGCUGCAGAGUGGGGGCGCAGGGAACGUUUGGAAACGGAGAAACUGACAUUGGAGAGGGACAACAAGAAGCUGAGGGCUCAGGCUGAAGACCUGGAGGAGCAGCUGGCCAAGAAACGCCGGCAGGCCACCUCCGCUCUUGACACGGACCUCAAGGUCAUCCAGAGCGAGUUGUUUGAGAGAAACAAGGAGCUGGCCGACCUUCGCCACAUUCACGCUAAGCUGAAGAAGCAGUUCCAGGAGAAGACGGCGGAGCUCGCCCACGCCAACCGGAGAGUGGAAAGUCACGAGGCUGAAGUCAAGAAGCUACGGCUGAGGGUGGAGGAGCUGAAAAAAGAGUUGGGACAAGCCGAGGAUGAGUUGGAUGAGUCUCAUAACCAGAGCAGGAAACUGCAGCGAUCUCUGGAUGAGCAGGUGGAGCAGACUGAGAACCUGCAGGUACAAUUGGAACACUUACAAUCAAGACUGCGACGACAGCAGCAGAGUCCUGGUCUGUUUGGGAAGAUGCGGUCGACCCGGUUCAGUCCUGAAAACCCAGAUGGUCCAACCAGCGACAUGGAUGAGGAGGAGGAGGAACUGCAGCUCCAGAUCCCAUGA